AUGCGCCCCCGGUCCACCCACCCACAGACGCCCACCGCGGGCUCGGGAGUGGGCACGGAGCGCGGCGCGGCCGCAGCCCGGGGGAAAGCGCGCGGCGGCAGGCGACGCCGCGGCGUCCCGCGGGUCGCCGCCGGGGCACGCAUCCCCGGGGCGCAGCCGCGCACGCACGACUCGGCCUCGGCCCGAGCCGCCCGCCCCGACACGGCGAGGCGAGGCGGCGGGGGCGGGCACGGACCCCGGACGCGCGGCUCGGGGCGCCGCGGAGGAGGCGGGCCGGACGUCCGUCGCCAGGACGCCGCCGCCGCCGGGGGCGGGCGGCGAACGACGGCGGAACGGACGCGGCCCCGCCACACCACCACCGCGGGCCCCGGCCGCGAGGGCGCGGGACCGUCCCCGCCCACCGACACCCCGGGGGUACCUGGAGAGGGGGAGGCGGGCGAGGCGGGGGGGGGACGGAGCGCCCCACGCUCGCCGCCGCCGCCCCGACAACCGACCGACACGCUCUCCGCCCACGGCCGCCCGCAGCACGCGGGGGCCUCGGCGCUACCGGCCCGUGACGCGGGGCCCCGGCCGGGCGCCGGGCCGACCGCCACACGAGACAACCACGGCCACCGCCCGACGAGGCCCCCACCGUGUCCCCAAAGCCGGGCGGAGACCUCCCGCUCGCGCCCGGGCGCGGCCCUCUUUUCUCCUACACACCCCAAACCCCCCCCACCCCCCCCACCCGGGGCCCUUGCCCCGCACCCACGUCCCGGGCCCCCUUCUCGCCACCGAGGGCGCGCGGCCCACACCCUCGGCGGCCCGAGAGCGGGGCCGCGGGCACCGGGAAGUCGCUCGGAGGCCGGCCGGCACGUGCCCGCUCGCUCGCGCUCACUCGCUCGCGCGGACGGGGGCGGCGGGGCUCGGCCGAGGCCCGGACCCCCCUUCCCCGCCCGCCCGCCGGGAGCGGGGCGGUGCGGACACGGCGGCCGGUCCACGACGGCUGGCCGGGGACCCGACGACCCGCGCUCAGGCGAGCGCGCCGGGGCGGGGCGGGGCGCGGCACGGCGGGGGGGACAGACGGCGGCCGGCCCCCCCCCUCGCCCAACACACAACGACGUCGGCAGACGGGCGGCGGUGGCGGCGGAUCACGGAGCGGAGCCGCGGCAGGCUCGGGGAGCGAAACACACCGGGACGCGGCCCAGGGGUCAGCAGACGCGACGGACGAGGCGGGUGGACGGACGGGGAGAGAGGGCCGACGAGGCGCGGCUGGCUCGGCCGCCGACGCGCAGACGCGGCGACGACGUCACAGAGGCCGUGGCGGGAGGGGGCGGCCGCGCGCCGCCGCGAGGGGGCCCAGGGGCCCAGGGGCCGGGCCUAAGGGCCCGGACGCGAGUCGGCCGCCGGGGCACGACACGGGUCUCACCGCCAGAGGCCUCCAGCGCAGGGGCGGUCCCGCGGCACCCAGGACGCCGACUGGCCUCCUCGGCCCCCCCAGGGGCCCGGCCCCCCUCACGGGGCUCGCGACCACCUCCGCCAAACACCCACGAGCCGCGGCCGGCCCGCAAGAACACUCUCCCGCGCGCACACCGGCCACCCCGCAGGGCCCCACACACACCUCCGCCGCGCCCGACUUCCCCACCUCAGGAACCGUCCGCCUUCAUCCAAGUCCGACCGCCGGGGCUCGCGCCCCAGGGAAACGCUCCCGAGCGAGGCGACCCGCACCGCGCCCACACACCGCCGCCGGCUGCGACUCGCGGGGCACCACCGACGGCCAAGCAAGGCACGCUCACGCGCCAGCAGGGGCGCGCAGCGCAGCGGCGGGACGGCCCCCCCCCCACCGACGCGGGGGAGGACCGCUCGCGAGGCACACGCCAAGGAGGCGAAGCGAGAGUGUCUGCUGCGUCCGAGGACCACGGACCCGCCCGCCCCGUCCGGCCCAGGAGAGCGCGACAGCACCACAUCGAUCAGUCAAUCCAGCAAGCCAGGGGCCAGAAAGUCCCGAAGGAGAGGGGCACGGCAACAGUGGCCGACGACCCCGCGAGGAGAACGCCUGACACGUGGCACGGAGCCUGCGGGGUGGUGGUCGUCUCAGCCACCACCGGAGACCGGAGGCGGCACCGCCGGGCCGGGUCAGCCGGGCGCAGCACACGAGCCGGCGCGCAGGCCCAGGCGGGCGGGCUCAAGCGUCAAGGCCGGUUCGGGUGCAGGCGGCAGUCCAAGCCCAGAGCCCUGCAUGCGUCCGGAGUCCAAAGUCCUCAGCGACAGACGCCAGGGAAGACCGUGUCAGCACCUAUCUGGUGGCAAAAAGGCCCAUUUCGGGCGAAAAAAAUCACGGACGCCCGGCAGCGGGGCCCAUCCACGAAUCGCAGGGGGGGUCCCCGGGACCUCGGUCCCGCCACCUGUCCCCAACCCUUCCCAUCCACACCAGUCCCGGAGCCCUCGGGGCACCUGGUCGACCCGAGGAGCGUGGUGGCAAAGUGGGGGCGGGGCGGGAGGGGCGGGAAAACGUGGGAGAGGCAGCGAGCGGGCCGGGGGUCGCCCUCCCCGGUUCGCCCGCGCGGGCAGGUACCGGUCCCUCCGAGUCUCUCUCCGGGCGAGGACUUGGUUAGAGAAAAAGAAAUAUCCCACUCGGCCGCCUCCGGCGAGCGGGCCCCACGAGGGACCGCGCCGGGCCCAGGCCGCCCUAUCCGGGCCACCCAGUACGGCUCGGGCCGGUCCCCACCCCCCGGCCGGGACUCGCGGUGGAGGAGGGGGCGGGGGCAGGGUGAGGAAAAAGUCGCGUCCGCCGACCGGGACCCACGUGGGCACGCUGAGGGCCGGUGCGCCCUCCCCUCCCCGGCCCGGCCACCCGCGCGAGCAGGGCCCGGUCCGUCCACGCCCCCGGACCCAGGGGGACUUGGAAACAUUUUCCCAGGGAGGCGCCUCCCAGGCGACCGGAGCCCACGAGGGACCGCACCCGUGUUGGCCGUGCCGGGUCUCUCCGGGUCACCCCUCGCGGCCCAGGCCGCUCCGGUCGCCCACCUCUGGAGUCCGACUCGGAAAAACAUCGGUCAGAAUGAAUCCGACCACCGGGGACCCACGCGCGCCCACCACCGAGCCCGUCUGCGCCCUCCACCGGCCUAA